CUCCAUUGAUUGGCCGUGGCACAAACUCUCCGCCUCUUGUCGCCGUUGUCUCCUGCGGUGUGUGUGCGGCGGCGGUGAAAUUCAGCUAAAAACGGACUAAAAAUGGCGCUUACUUCUCAAGGAACAAAGAAAAAAGUUUGCUACUACUAUGAUGGUGAUGUUGGAAACUAUUAUUAUGGACAGGGGCAUCCCAUGAAGCCCCACCGAAUCCGCAUGACACACAACCUGUUACUGAACUAUGGCCUCUACAGAAAGAUGGAAAUAUACCGUCCACACAAAGCGAGUGGGGAGGAGAUGACCAAGUAUCACAGUGACGAUUACAUCAAGUUCCUGCGUUCAAUCCGGCCCGAUAACAUGUCAGAAUACAGCAAACAAAUGCAGAGAUUUAAUGUGGGGGAGGACUGUCCAGUGUUUGAUGGAUUAUUUGAGUUUUGCCAGCUGUCAGGCGGGGGCUCCGUUGCCGGUGCUGUGAAGUUGAACAAACAGCAGACAGACAUUGCUAUCAACUGGGCUGGAGGCCUUCAUCACGCCAAGAAGUCAGAGGCCUCUGGGUUUUGUUAUGUCAAUGACAUCGUGUUGGCUAUCCUGGAGUUACUGAAAUACCACCAGAGAGUUCUGUACAUAGAUAUUGACAUCCAUCAUGGAGAUGGUGUGGAAGAGGCUUUCUACACCACAGACCGUGUCAUGACCGUGUCCUUCCACAAGUAUGGAGAGUACUUCCCUGGCACCGGUGACCUCAGGGACAUCGGAGCUGGAAAGGGCAAAUAUUACGCUGUGAAUUACCCGCUGAGGGAUGGGAUUGACGAUGAGUCCUAUGAAGCCAUAUUUAAGCCUAUCAUGGCUAAAGUGAUGGAGAUGUACCAACCCAGCGCGGUGGUUCUCCAGUGUGGAGCCGAUUCGCUGUCUGGAGACAGGCUUGGUUGCUUUAACCUCACCAUCAAAGGUCAUGCUAAGUGUGUGGAGUAUAUGAAGAGCUUCAACCUGCCACUGCUUAUGCUGGGUGGAGGAGGCUAUACUAUCCGUAAUGUGGCACGCUGCUGGACGUAUGAGACUGCCGUGGCCCUAGAUACCUCCAUCCCAAAUGAGCUUCCAUACAACGACUACUUUGAGUACUUUGGGCCAGACUUCAAGCUGCACAUCAGCCCCUCCAACAUGACCAAUCAGAACACCAACGACUACCUGGAGAAGAUCAAGCAGCGCCUGUUUGAGAACUUGCGGAUGCUCCCUCAUGCCCCUGGUGUCCAGAUGCAGGCCAUUCCAGAAGAUGCAGUGCAGGAGGACAGCGGGGAUGAGGAGGAGGAGGAUCCCAACAAGCGCGUAUCCAUUCGUUCUCGUGACAAGAGGAUAGCCUGUGAGGAGGAGUUCUCUGAUUCGGAGGAUGAAGGUGAAGGAGGCCGCAGAAAUGCUGCCAGCUUCAAGAAGGCCAAGCGAACUAAAUCCGAAGGAGAGAAAGAGGGAGAAGAAAAGGAGAAGAAAGGUGAGGGAGAAACAAAAGAAGUCAAAGAAGAGGAGAAGGUGCCAGAGGAGGAGAAAAUGGACACAUCAAAGCCAAAAGAGGAAUCCAAGACACCUUGAGGUCCUCAGCACCCAGUGACGCCAAUACAACAGAUCAGAACGGAGAUUUUGUUUGGAUAAGACUGCUGCAGUGGAAGCAAAUAAAGGACUUUGACUUUACAAUGAGACCUCUCUCCAUGAGAAUGGAGACGGGUUCUGUGUUUUUCUAGAAAACCUUUUCAACUUUGCUGUUAAUGGACUGAAGUGUUGUUUUUGUAUACGGUUUCGUUUUUUUAUGCUCUUAUACUUGCUUUCCCCCCCUCUUGUGACCAACAUUGUAAAAAUGGCUUCGCAAAUGUCUGCUUUUAUAUAUCUGAUGGAUUUAAUUUAUUUAAAUCAUGAUAUUUUGGCUACUUUAUUUUAGGUAUUUCAGUCCCACUUUUGUCCUGUGCCUUUGAAUAUGUAGUUGAACAGCAUGCUGGUACCCUAGAUCCUUUUCUGUAAUGUUGUGUCACUGGUCUUGCCUGCCAAAGUCAGUGAGACGCUUGAACAUUCACAAUUAGCUUUUAUGUGGCACAUCGUAAGCAUAUUUUUAUAUUUUAGGUUCUAGUUUCUGUCCUUUACAGCCACGAUGACAUCUGUCUGAUUUCUGGGGCUCCCGGGUUGCGAUAUUGAUAACGUUUUGUCAGAUUGAAUCAGACUUAGUGUAAGGCUUAGAUCUCACAGGAACUUGAGAGGCAAGACAUGUCAGAGAUCAUCUGUUGUGUGUGUAUAUAUAAAUUUGUAUUCUGAAAAACAUCAGUAAAAGUGUUCAACACAAAA